AUAAACCCCGAAGACAUGCCAUUUCUUCCAUCUAUCAGCCACCUCUCUCUCUUUUUCUUUCUCUCUCUCUCUCUCUCCCCCUCAUCUCGUAUUGCAUCUAGCAGGUCUUAAUUUUGUUGGCCGCCUAACUUCUAGUCUAGCACAUCCAAGGGAGGAAGAAUGAAGGAGGUUUCUCAUUUGAUCUUUGGGGCGUUCGGGAAUGCUACCGCUCUCUUUCUUUUCUUGGUACCAUCGAUAACGUUCAAGAGGAUCAUAAAGAAGCAGUCGACGGAGAACUUUUCCGGCGCGCCGUACGUGGCUACGUUGCUCAACUGCUUGCUGUCGGCGUGGUACGGGCUACCGUUCGUGUCGCCGCACAACCUGCUGGUGAGCACCGUCAACGGCGCCGGCGUGGCCAUCGAGUCGGUGUACGUGUUGCUUUUCCUGAUCUUCGCGGUCGACGGGAAGGCGAGGGUCAAGGUCGGCAGGCUGCUCUGCCUGGUGCUUCUGCUCUUUUCCGGUGUCGUCCUCGUCUCGAUGCUCGCCCUCCGUGGCCAGCACCGCAAGAUCUUCUGCGGUUUCGCCGCCACCAUAUUCUCGAUCUGCAUGUACGCCUCCCCACUCGGCAUCUUGAGGCUGGUGGUCAAGACCAAGAGUGUGGAGUACAUGCCUUUCCUCCUUUCUCUUUUCGUCUUCCUAUGUGGCACCUCCUGGUUCAUCUAUGGCCUUCUUGGCGGUGACCCGUUUCUCAUUGUGCCCAAUGGAUUUGGAUGUGGACUCGGAGCCCUACAGCUGAUCAUCUAUGCAAUCUACAAAGAUUGGGGUGGUGGUGGUGAUGGCGAAAAGAAGACAGUAGUAAACAGCAGCAGUAGCAGAAAGGAAGGAGGAGAUGAAUGCCUCAAGGUCAAUGGCAGCGACUGUGUAACUGAUGAUGCCAUGGAGAUGGGCCAUAUGAAGCAUGAGACCAAGACAACCAACAUGGUCUGACCUACUCCCUCCUGAUCAACAUAUCUCCAACAACAAGAUCAUGGUGGUCCUAAUCUUAUCCACCGGCCGGCAUUAAAUCUUCGCCGGAAUCCGAUUGAGAAUUUUGACCUGAUCAGAAUCCCACUUUAUUGUGCAGAUUGAUCAGCAAAAAUGAAGUGAUAUAUUGGCGCCUUUAGUUUGUGAUAGGCUUAUUAGUUUGAAUAAGUUUUAGGAUAUGUUAGCUGAGCAGCAAAAUCAUGGCUGUGCUUUUAAAAAUUUGGGUAUCUUUGUAACGAAUUAGGUCAUUUAGUAAAGUUGAAAAUAUGUCUCCAAGAUUCAUUCUUCAACUUCAC